AUGGACACAAAGGAUUGGUUCGUCAAGAGAAUACCUCCACAAUAUCGGGCAAUUUCCGUAAUUACGGCUGGAGUUUGUCUGCAAUUCAGUUAUGGAUUAGUUUAUACCUUUGGUAAGAGAAUUGAAAUCUUCGUUUUCAGUAAAUGCUUUUUUUGGGUAAUUUUUAUUUUUUAGGUAAUAUUUUACCAUACCUCGUUUCGUAUCUGCGAUGGAAAGUAAAUCCACAGCAAACAAAUGGAUCGCUUAUGUGGCUGCAGAGUUUUAUGUGUAAGUUGUUUGUUGUUUUUGUUCACGGUUUAGAUUUAUAUUAUAAUUGGAUGAAUAAUGAGUAACAUUUUUUGCUUUAGCUGGCCUUCCAUUUGCGAUGCUUCUCGGAGGUGUCUUGGAAAAGGAGGUUGGUGCAAGAACUGGUGCGGCUAUAGGUUCGGCAAUGUAUUGUGGAGGCAUCUUAUUCUCCUUUUUCUCAAUUCAAGUCUCCUUUUACUGGCUAUUGGUUACAACUGGCCUCAUUGCCUCAUUUGGUCAAGGAAUGGCAUAUGUCAAUGUUCUAACUCAAUGCCAGAGGGUAAGACUACAUUUCAUUUUUUUUAAUAAUUUUAUGAUGUGUGUUUAUCAACUAGUAUGCUUUAGGUAAUAUUUUUAAGUUUGAUAUCUAUGCUUCUGUUUCAGUGGAUGCCAAAAAACGUUGGAUUUGUUAGUGGACUAAUCACGGCUGGAUUUGGCAGUGGUGCUUUUCUUUUGUCCCCAAUCCAGACCAAAUUUAUUAACCCCAACAAUCUGAAGGUGGAUGAUGAAGGGUUUUUUACUCAGCCCGAGAUUCUGGAGAGGGUCCCUUAUUUAUUCUUGUUGAUGGGAGGAAUGUUUGCAGUCAUUCAGACCAUUGGCCUAUUAUUUAUUGCUGAGCCAGUCCAGGAAAGCGAUGGCCAGGAAUCCCAAUCUUUAAUGGCGGCUGAUGGCGAUAGUGAUGAUGAAGACGAGGGCCAGAACGACCAACUGGGUUCUACGAUCCUCUCCAAAGAAGAGAUUCUCAAGUCUCCGACCUUUAUUAUCUUAUUCUUCACUUUAACUUGCAAUGCCAUUUGGGUUCAGACUACCAGCGGACUUUUUAAGGUACGGUUUAGUUUAUGAUCAUCGUUUAUAUGGGAAUUUGAAACUAUCUUUUUAUUUAUAGGCCUACGCACAAAGUUUUAUCAAAGAUGAUUUCUUCCUGACCACAGUGAAUUCCUUUGCGGCUAUUGCCAACUGUCUCAGUCGAGUUUUCUGGGGCUAUAUUGCAGAUAGGGUAAGCGUAAUCUUGAAAUUAUUUGUGUAUUUUUCCGGUUUUAGUCUUCAUAUCAAUUGGCCAUGAGUAUAGCAUGCACAAUGGGGGCUGUCCUUAUGUGGGGACUUCCGUUCGUCAAGUAUGUUGCAAGCCCAUCACUAUUCUUCAUCUGGAUCUGCGCGAUGUUUGUGGGUAUUGGUGCCACCUACUGUUUGAUUCCUUAUGCCAUCCAUAAAUGCUUCGGGAGCGCGAAUUUUGCUAUUACCUAUGGAUUCUGUCAACUUUGUUUAGUAAGUUUUGUCCAACAAAUCAUUAUAAGAAAACAUCAAUAUACGUUUAAGUCAUGUAUAAUGUAAGUGAUAUCUUCAGGCCAUUUCUGGUGUCCUAACUGCCUUGAACUCGCAGUUUAUUCUCGCCAUGAUCGGGUUCGAUGAGCUAUUUUUAAUUACGGGUUUCACGAUGGCCAUUUCUCUCAUCCUCACACUUUUGAUCAGCAAAACCAAAUACGGUGCAAACGCAUGA